AAUAUUUCCUGAAAACUGUGUGUAUAAAAAACAUACAGAAAUUAAUUUUGUUCUCUUAUCAUAGCAAAUGCAACCCACCGAGGCAUAAAAUCUUUCAUGUUUAUUUGUUCUGUAUACCUCCAUUACAUAGACCCCUGGAAACACUACAGUACACUCAAGAGAGAAAGUUGAAUGCAAAAUACUCUGCUCUGAAUAGAUUGUCAUUCUAUUUAAGUAUGCUGUUGCAUUGAAAAGUGUUUUGUGUGAUUUUGAUUUCCAGUUUUUUGGGCUCAACAGAAUGAGGAAUACGCCAAAAGUACAAAUAGUUAUUUUUCUUUGUGGUGUGAUGGUUUGUACGUUUCUUUGGAAUUAUCUUUCUCUUAAAAUUGUACUAACUGGACGAGAUUUUACUGAAAAAUAUGAUCGAAAUCCAAGUUAUCCGUGGGAGGGAGACCCAGAAUGUGAACAUUUUGUUGUCCAGUUGGCAGAAAGAGACACUCUAUUAAAUUGGCCAUUGACCUCCUUCCCGGGAAGCGGGAUCACAUGGACAAGACAACUAAUCGAAGGAGUCACUGGAAUUUACACAGGAUCAGUAUAUGAAGGUGAUCCCUCACCUGUUAAAUCAAAAAGAAGUCGCAUUGUAACGGAUGAUCCACGAUGUGGCUGUACCAUUAUGGAUAAGGAUCAUGAAGCAACUCUUAAUAACGGGCUUUGGCACUAUUUUCAAUUGCUUCAUCGUGAGGGUUUAGGAGGACUAAUACACCAACAGUACGACAGACGCGGUGUCCUGCUUCUGAGAAACCCAAUGGAUGUUGUUUUCACCUUCCGUAAUUGGGCAUACAGUGGAAAAGUAGGUAUUGCCCCACCAGAAGCGUUCACGGGUCCAUCAUGGGAUGAAACAAUAGAUUUCGUUGCCUACGUAUGGGCAGAUCAUGCAAUCCGCUGGAUAGAGCAAAUAGAAAAGGGCACUGUAAUCUUUUAUGAGAAAUUGCUUGGUAGCAAUGCGGAUGUUGAGAUUGAAAGACUUCUUCAUGCAAUAAGUUUUUUUCCAGUGGACCGUGAAAGAUUGAAGUGCACCAUUAAACAUCGAAAUCGCACGGAUCACAAACGCUUGAAUAAUCCAAGAUUCUUUCUGGAGCCUCAACAUCAAAUGAAAAUGAUGAAAUCUAUUCAUAAAGUACAGGAAAGCUUGCGAAGAAGAAAUUGGCCCAGACUUCCCGUAUAUUUGUUUGACUUCCACAAUCCCGAUGACAGAAAACCGUAAAAUUUACAAAAGUGUCAUUUUCCCUUCUCUUCUCCCAUAGUCUUCUGGGUGGACUUUGUUUACAUUUCGACUAUUUAUUUUUUUUUACUGCUCCAUAGGUUUCACAGGUGGAUAGCAAAAUUGUUUGUCUUUGCACCAGUUAAAUGAAAUAGUUAUACCCUAUGUUAUUUUAUUGCGAUACAAAUCAAUAAUGA